CAGUUAAGAUCAAACCAGUUUAACAGAAUAUUCACAUCACACCAGUUUAACUGAGUUUUCACACCAGUUUAGAGAACGCGUGUGUGUGUGUGCAUGUACAAACAUGGCACUGAGUUAUGACUGGCAGCCAGGCAACACUGAGCAUGAACAACACCUUUGCCUGAACUACACAAGUCAAGGUCAUGUACAUAGACACUCAAACACAUGCACAACACACACGCACACCCUGACACACACACACUCUCACGUGAACAAGCACAAAGACAAACUGGGUCACUGUGAUUGGACCCAGGCUCAUCUCCACACUGCCCAUCAAGUGUAUAAGAGCUGAUAAGAGGCAGGUGAAGCCUCAGAAGGUGCAGAGCGAGAGGAAGCGAGCGAGACUCACUGCAGCUCUGAAUGAGUGCUGACUUCCACAUGGCAGACACCUUCCUCAGCCGUUCAGGGCCAUUUGCCACGUUCCCCAGCUUCUGUUCAUGGGCCUGUCUGUUCUUGUGGGUAUGUGGGGUUUCUUCCUCUCCUGUGAUACCACGGACUGACUCCAAGGUAGAACUGGUGGAUGACAUGAACGUGCUGAUGUACGGGGUUCUGCAAUUCAGCGAGUCUCUGCAUCACGUGUAUCAGAACACUGAGGCCAAGCUGGAGCGCAUCACACGUGCCAUUACAAACACGGAGCAUCUUGUGAGGCAUCUGGACCAAGAGACAGAACAGACCAUCCGCUCCGAGCGGCAGAUAAAAGACAAGCUCAGUGUCAUCCAGGCUGAGACAGCAGCGCUACAAGCCCAGGCUCAAGAAACCAGAGGACAGGUCUACAAGGUGGAGCGAGAAGAUGUGGCACUAAAGCAAAAACUUUCCAAUCUGGAGGCAACCUUGAAAAGCUUCACCCCGGAUCGGAUCAGAGCACUGCAGGAGAUCACCCAGAAGCACAACACCAUUCUGCAUGACCUGGCGAGCUGGACAGAGAAAAACAAACAGCAGCUGGAAAACCAGAACCAGCAGGUGGUCCAGUUGCAGAAACGGACAAACAGCAGCAUUUAAGCUUCUAUUCCCCAGUCUACAGAGUACACAUGAGCGAUCAGAAACUGGGAGAACUGGUGACUUGUCAGCUCUUUUCAAGAUGGGACAAAUCCCCUCUCAAGCCCAGUGCUAUUAUAUGACACACUGGAAAGUGAUCAACAGGAACUAUGUCCUUUAAUAACACUCCUAAACAAAACAUAUAUUUUCACUUUUCCUUUAUAAACAGACUGUUAAAAAAAAUAAGAAAAAAAAAACCCACAAAAUAUGAGAAAGCCAUUGUGUUGUACUUAAUAUACUAUAUUAUUUUUUUUACUUUAUAAUAAAUGCAAUCUUUAAAAUUUUUUUAACAAAUGUUUCAGAUUGUGGUUUACUGUUAUACU